UCAAGUCUUAAAGGCUCCAACUUGCUGGAAUAUAUAUAUUUUAUUAAUUUAAAUUCUUCUUGUUAGUGAUAUGACCAAAUUUGACUGAGCACGCUUUUCCUAAUGUAGCAGCCAGCAACGAAGAAAUAGAAAACACACAAAACCACAGUGAGACACACGCAUAGUGCACCUGUAUCUAUGUGUAUGUUUGCCUGAUUGUGUUUCUGUGUGUGCUGAGCGGGCGUUUCAAACGUUGUGGCUUUGCAAAAUUCUUAAAAAAAUAUAAUAAAAAAGAAAAAUAGCACACAAAGCUGACGUCAAGCAGAGCAAAACCAGGAGCAGCAACCAAAACUGUUAACCUUUUGGGGAUAUCAAGCAUUUACGGCAGCUCGCGGCAACAGUAACAUUUAAGUUUUUAUCAGAACAAAAUAAAGUUUUGCUGUACGGAUUGCGCCGCCCACAAAACAAACACAAGAGUAAGGCAGAAGGCGCCUGGCAGCCACAAGUGCGCGCGCUUUGCCUCGAAGGACGCUUGAGGACUUAAAGCAACAUUUUUUGUUUUUUUCUUCUGUUCGUAAAAGUUGCUUAUCCCUUUCAAUUCGAUUUUUGCCAGAGAACUUAAGAGGGAUUUAAAUUUAGGUACAGUAGCGGUAACUAUUCUUCGUUCAGCCACAAUGAGCAAAAAAAGGAGUCGCACUGGAAGCAAGCCGGAGGCAACGAAUAUGCCAAACACUUUUUUACCGGCUAAAGCAAAUGUCUUUAAGUGUCCCAAUAAUGGUAUUUCCACUGAUCGACUGGCCGGCAUUGAAGACAUUGCCCAGUGCGACAGCUCGGGCGUACCGUUUAUUUUGGUCGAUGGUGUAUGUGUGAAGUCGCGACAGCAGCUGCAAGCGGCUCUGUCAAAGAGAGAAAAAAAGAAUAUGAAACGCAUCCAGAAGAAAUGCUGCGUGCUUCCUUGGCUGGAUCACACGAGCCCAGCAACUGAUACGGUACCAAUCACCGAGUCGGAGAAAGAUGCUAAGGAGGAAAGUGACUUCCUGGCAGAUAUGCAGCAACUACAGUUAGACAUGCUCAGAGCUGAAGGGAAACCCGUAGCAUCUUUGGCAACAGGCUCGAUUACGCCUAUUGCGCAUGCCACUAGUGUCGAGGAUCUAGUGCCGCAUAUGUCAAGAAUGGACGAAAUCCGCAUACAACUUGAGAAGCUGCGCGAACAGCAGCAGUGCGAUCCGAUUAUAGCCACUCCACUGGCAGAGCAACAACGCAUAAGGCGGCAAGCCACGUUUGACAUAGAGCGAGAUGCGCCGAUUGAGACGUCUGUAUCAAGCAUCUCCCUUGACUUCCAGACCCCUAUCUUUUCCCAACAGCGUCUGAUUCGUGCCACAACCAGCAGCCAAUUGCCGACAAUAGACACACGACGGACCUUACAAAGGAUGAACAGCGCGACCUGCUUGUGCAAAAAAAGCACCUCCAGCAUGGUGCUGGGAAGUAACAAGUCCUGCAGAUUAGAGCCCUUUAAUACUCUGAGAUCACCUGUGUCUCCCAUUGUCAAUCAAAUCGGUGACCUGCUCAUGCAGCUGCCGCAUCAACAACAAGAGAAUAUUUCGCGAAACACUGGACCCUUCUCCUAUGUGGUAACCAUUUCGCCUAAGGUAGGCGGCACUAGCUGCAACGUAGAGCCCCUUCCAGUGACGAAAACCCGCUCGCUGACGAUUCCAAAUGCCUCACGCUGUGUAACCGAAACGAUUAAGAGAGAUUCGCCCAUAGAUAUAGGUGCUGCCCCAUCAAGCCUUCAGCCUAAGUCACGAACAUUCUUAAAGAUGCCUAGACUGUUCAAGAAAAUAAAGAAGUGAUUAGCAAAACAUGCUGACGAGUUUAUUCGCAAACGGCAGGAUGAGUAGUUAGACAUGAUGUCUCUUGGCCAUUUCAUUGGUAUUUAAACUUGCCGUUAUUAUCUAUUGAACUCUCAUCAGUUUCAAUAGUUAUUCGAUUAAUAUAUUUCGAAAUAAAAAAA